AUGUCUGACUGGAACACUCAGGAUGUCUCUGCCCCUGGCAAUUGGAACGAUGGAGCUGCUGCAGGCUCUGCGUCCUUCAACGACGGAUUCGGUGAUGCUGCCAACAGCGACGUAGCCAAUGAGUUCGGCAGUCACGGUGGCACCGAGAAUGCAGGUGGCGGCGGCGAUCAGGGCUGCCGUAAUUGUGGUGAAGAGGGCCACUUCGCUCGCGAAUGCCCACAACCACGCAAGGGUGGUGGUGCUUGCUUCAAUUGUGGCGAAGAAGGCCAUAAUAAAGCGGAAUGCACGGCUCCUCGCAAGCCCAAUGGUCCUUGCCGCACCUGCGACCAGGAGGGUCAUUUCUCGGCCACUUGCCCCCAACGCAAAUGCAAGAACUGCCUUCAGGAAGGUCAUGAUGCUCACGAAUGCAAGAAUGCGAAGCUCGUCAACGUUGAUCACGUUGCCACCAAGUCCGAAGAUGAAGCUUGGGCGAUGCUUGAGCAGGCCAGUGAGGAGCGCGACAUCACCGACUUCAAGGAAGCAGUUCAGAUCCUGGCCAAGGCGGUUCCGGCCUACAACUAUCCUGAAUUGGAGAAAGAGUUUCGCAAGCGAGGCUUCAAAGUCUUCCUUAUCGCUAUGGAGAAAGACCACGGUGACACUUGGACCAAUGUCAACCUUCAAGGUGAAGUCGAGAAGAAGUAUGCGGUCAGUUAUUUCCUUUCUGACAAGCCUCAACGCCCGACUCUUGUUCCCAAAUGGCCUCAAGAUGCCGAGGACAACCUCACCCGUCUUGCGGAUGCCGGUACCCCACUUGACCGUGGUGUUGACAAGUGCAACAACUGCGGCAAAAUUGGUCACAAGUCCCGAGCUUGCACUGAAGAGAAAGCUUCGACUGAGCAACCAAAGAUCUUCUGUCAUUUGUGCAGUGAAGAAGGCCACCGUGUUCGUGACUGCACCCAGGAACGCAAGAAGGGUGGUCGAGCCUGCAAGGUUUGCGAAUCAGAGGAGCACUUGGCGAAAGAUUGCCCGGAGCGUGAGAAGAUGACCUGCCGAAACUGUGGAGAAGAAGGGCAUAUGGCCAAGGACUGCACUGCCGAGCGCAAGAUCAUUUGCAGAAACUGUGAUCGGGAAGGUCACUUGUCGAAGGUGCGUAUGCCGCCUCGCCGCCGAUAUCUUCACACUAACCAUGUUGUCCAGGAGUGUCCUCAACCCAAAAAUUGGGCCAAAGUCGUGUGCAGCAAUUGCAAACAGUCUGGUCACGGUCGGAAGCGUUGUCCAGAGCCUUUAGUCGAAGCUGACGCAAAUGGAGAUAACUGCGCUAAUGCCGGCAAUGCCAAUGGUGGAGGAAACGACGCUGGCGGUGGUUGGGAAGGCGACAAUCAUGGUCCCUCCUCUGUACCAGCCGAUUGGGAACAGAACGGUGUUUCAGCUCCUUCCGCUCCCCCUCUUGGAGUUGGUGGCGGUUGGUAA